UUUGUCGUGCCGCCAAGCUCAUUUCCAGUCCGUGUGCACGCGGAAGCUGUGCGGGGCCGACCGAGUGCAGGUAGAGCGCGAAUAUUCCGGGCUCUUGCGAACGAUGCGCGGUCGAUUGCGUUAGAGAGGACGUUCGAUUGCCAGGACGGUAGGACGACGUUGAUCUCGCGACGCGCGAUAUCCUGGAAAUCAGCCUCGCGAGUGCUUUUAUAUGCGAGGUCGCCAUUUUGGUGAGAUACGCCGAGCCGACGAUUCGAGCAGAGUCUAGCCCUUAUGAUCUUUUUAUCUUCCUUUUUCGCACGGCCCAUCCGCGCUAUCGUCCUCAGCCGAUCAACGGCCCAAUAACGUUUGAGAUGACACAGCAAAACAAAACGAUGAAUUUCCUAAUACACGACGCCAAUGGACAUCCACAAGUGAUAAAAGUAGUGCAAAGUACACCUAACAAAGCAUUAAGUGGUAUUGUUAGCACAACAAAUGCAGGUGGCCUUAAAGUGUUUAAAGCUCCUAAUCAAGAAUCGCAGGUUUUAUCAUCGAAUACACAAGUUCUUAGGACUAUUAGCUUGCAGAAUCCAUCUACACCUGGUCAGAGACUGGUAACAAUACCUUUGCAAAAUACUAAAAUGGCAACAUCAAAAGGAGGAGACUCUAUGAUGACCAAGACCAUACAGUUAACCUCUGCACAAAUGAGUGACAUAAAACAAGCUAUUGCAUCUCAACAACAGCAGCAGCAGCAGCAACAACAGCAACAGCAAUCCAAUACUUCGCAACUUGUUAAGGAUGCUGCUGGAAAAACUUUUAUCAGUCCAAUAUUAGAUCACAGUGGAUCUAGGAAAAGGCAGGAUGUGGAAAGUGGCGAUUUUGUGCCUGAUAAACGAAGAAAAGCAGAAAAGGUUGGGAAAGGAUUGAGACAUUUUUCGAUGAAAGUUUGUGAGAAAGUGAAAAAGAAAGGUACCACUUCUUAUAACGAAGUAGCGGAUGAAUUGGUUGGCGAAUUCACUAAUCCUGCUCAUAUAAAUUCUCUGACGGAUCAGCAAUAUGAUCAGAAAAAUAUCAGAAGACGUGUAUACGACGCACUGAACGUAUUAAUGGCAAUGAAUAUCAUUUCCAAAGAGAAAAAGGAAAUCCGGUGGCUUGGCCUACCCACUAAUUCAUUGCAGGAGUGUGUAGCAUUAGAAAAGGAUAAGAAGAAGAAGAUUGAGAGAAUCAAAGCUAAAACGCAACAAUUGCAUCAGCUAAUUCUCUCUCAUAUUUCUUUCAAGAACUUGGUCGAACGUAAUCGUUUAAACGAGAGUCUUCGCGGGCCACCGAAGCCUAAUUCUGCCAUACAGCUGCCAUUCCUCAUUGUGAAUACCAGUAAAAAGACUGUCAUAGAUUGCAGCAUUUCAAAUGACAAAACCGAGUACCUGUUUAAUUUUAAUGAUAAGUUUGAAAUUCAUGACGACAUCGAAGUUUUAAAGCAGAUGGGUCUAGCGUUUGGAUUAGAAAAAGGUGAAUGCACUGAAGAAGAUUUGCAAAAGGCGAAAUGUAUGGUUCCGAAAUCACUUGAGAAAUAUGUAGAACAGUUAGCAUCGGGGGAUUUAGAGAAGUUUAUUCCAGUAACUAUUCCUGGUCCAAGUACAUCGAUGGAGGAUUUAGAUAUCAAAUUGGAAGGUUCUCGGCCACCGUCAUCGUCACAUACUUCAUUGUCGGAAGAUCCUUUAUCGCCACCAUCUCAAUUUUAUUCAGAAGAAGAAGAUGACGAGGAAGAAAGCGACCAGGAUGAUCAGGCUGACAGUGAUCUUGAAGUUAACUAGCACCCCGAAUAAUUCUUCAAAGGCUAGACUCAGGGUUUGUAUGUUUACCCCCGCGCCCCCUCCCCCCCCUCCCUAUUCAUUUCUUAUACUUUUUACAUGUAUAUAUAAAAACGUUGUGCCUCAUACUAUACAAUAUUAUACAAUAUUUAGCUCUGCAGCAAUUAUUUCAAUACAUAUUAGUGACAUAUUAAUACACUUUAAUAAUAAACGUAUUUAAAGCUUCAGAAUAUCAGUCCGCGAUGUUAAGUUACAGUUAAAAGGACUUUGCUUCUGACUUUUAGGAUACUCGCCACUAUCAUCAGCGAUAUGCCAACAUUAAUAAUAUCGUCGUUGUUGCCAAUAUCGUCUUCACCCCGGUCGCCAGUUUUUAACAUAUAUCAAACAAGGAUAUGAGUUGAUAAUUGUCGUGAAUGGAAUGUAAAAUCCAUUAAAGUAAACGAGAUGGUCAAAGUGGAAAUAUGUUGGUUGGGGCCAAGGAGAAAACGUAACAAUUGAACUGAUUGAAUUGGCAAAUUUAAGUGGCUCUUUUUUCGUAUCAAGUAAUAAAAAAUAAUACAAUGCACGCGCAUACGAAAUAUUCGGAAUAAAUACAUGAACGACUGAAUGGGGUGCUAUAUUUUAGUUGUGCAUCAUCAUACAAGUUUAUAUGACUCUAGCAUCUAUGUAUUAUAAAUUAUAAUCUCACAGUAUCGUAAUAUUAUGUGUAUGAGAUAUAUUGACCAGUACUCAUUUUCUUAUGGCACGUUUAUAAUAACAAUUGUCUGUGGUAAGCAGUAAAAUGACGUAUGAUAGAUGCAGGCGCACAUUUGACUCGAAUUAAAAAUAAAAAUAAAUUGUAAUAAUGUUACAAUAUGAGGUUUGUAGUUUGUGGUUAGUCUUUUGAGAGGAAAGAAUGUGUAUUGAAUAAUGAUACUAUGUAAGGGUUUGCAGUAAUUUUUUUUACAGCAAACUUAAAAAAAAUGAAACAUUUUUUAAUAUCUAUUGUACGUAUAAACAUAUGAUACAUAUAGUGGCUGCGUUCAACAGAAAGAAAUAACUUUGAAACGGUUGCAUAAUUUUUUGUCUUGUCUUGAACGCUCUAUUUCUUUUUUGAAUAUAUUGAAGAUAUACUGUAUCAGUGUUAUUAAAAAUUGAUAAUAAUUUCAUUAUUUUCAAUAUUUAUGAAAUAUCAAAAUAGUACAAUAAUAUUAAUUAUAGUAACAUUAGACUUAAAAAAGUAAGCUAUACAGCGCAAGCAUGACAAAAAAAGUUGAUUAUUUUAUGUUAUCGUUAAAUAAUGUGAAACACCGUUUUCUGCUGAACGUAACUAAUGACAUAUGGUGUCCACUGAUCUUAUAUUGUACCCAUGUUUUGCAUGGAUUUAUGAAAACAAAUUUUCUGCUUAAACGCUAAGUUAAUUGCAAUCUGUAUAAAAGCACUGUGUAGUCGAAUUUCCUAGGAAUGCUGCUUUAUUCCAAAUCAUCAUCAUCGUAAAGAUCAUCAAACUCUGAAAAGAAGCAAUUAUUUCAAUAAACUAACCAUAUAUUCUGUUAACUUGAA